AUGUUUUAUAGGGUCUUGUCCACCGCUGCCGCCAAGCAAAACAAGCGACAAUCCUCCUGGUCGUUUAUCUAUGAAGGUCGUAUUCUGCAGAAACCCUAUUCGCUGGCUCUUCCUCGUGUUCACUAUCUGACCCCACUUUCGCCGGUACCAUGGGGCCAAGAGUCAGGACCAAGGCGAGAUGUCUCAGCUAAGGCGAGAAGGGUAUCAUCUACAUACUGUCCAAUGAUACUUCCUGGGCCAGUGCUUUCCUCAUCGGGAUACCACUUCCACCAUCGAAGGAAUCCCAGACGGAAUGUCAAUGUUUCUUCACAUCAUGGCGAGAGCAUGGCUUUGGAGUGCUGGAUGGGGACCUGA